CACACACACACACACACACACACACUACACACAUAUAUAUAUAUAUACAUACAUACAUAUCGUGUCAAUAAUCGCGCAAUCAACGACACGCGCACAGGUAUAGAUACGUGCCGCGGUGUAUGCACACGAGCUAGAAAGCAACGUCAGAAAAGGGCUGAAAAUUGCGUACAGAUGCAUACGCACAUCAGCGCGGCUCACAUGUCGUCCGCCCACACUGUGUACGCGCGCACGCGAGACAGCAGCGAGUCGUGCACCCUGAACAACGAGCGGUCGUCGUCAUCGUUGAUCGUCAAUCACGCGCGCCGAUCCGCGUGGGAGCAGAUUUCUCGUACAGCCUAAACGACCGCCGUGAUCGUCCCGAUCUGAAGAUCCUUCAAUUUGUCGCAGGCAUAGUGCAGCUUUGCGAAAAAGAUCGGUCCGGCUCGAAGACCGGAUACACGAACGAAGAUAACGAUUAUUGGAACACGCCGGGUCCCGGAGCGCCACUCCGAGGAGUAAACUCUCUCGAAACUCGGAGUUUCCAACAGACGACGCCAAGGCGUCUUCGAGUGAAGUAACCCCAUAGCGUCGAAACAGCACGUCAACGAUCGUUUCAACGAGGACGAAACCAGAGAAGCCUAACUGAGAGAAAGAUCGCAAGGAUCAGCAACAAUUCACUUUGCCGUCAACGGGUCAUGUACCUCGUCGAGAGGGUGACGACGAACUUGCAAGAGCUCGGCUCGACACGGCGACCUCACUUACCUGGAGACAAGUUCUGGACCUGUAGUAGCAGCCUAAACAACCAGUGAUCUUCCUACAGAUAUAUAGAGAUAUAUAUAUAUAUAUACAUAUUGCACAUACUCGACCGUUGCACGCGCGUCUAUUUUUGUUGCCACCGUCACGCGCCGCGCAAGAAAGCGGCUUAAGGAACGGCGGAAUAUCGAAGAGUUCCAAAGUAUCACUUGUUAACGAACACGACAUCACCUGCACCAAGGGAAAGAAAAAGAGAAAAGUAAUAUUUCUAUACAUAUAAGAGAAGAGCAUACAUAUCUUAAUGACGUUGACGAUUCAUAGUAUAUUUUGAUCAUACGAAAAGACGAAACGAAAAGUCGAUGGCUAAAGAGAGGAGCAAAAAGGAGACGAAGAUAUAACCGAAGACAAAACAAUCGUGACAGGCACAAUAAUAAACGACCUUAAAGAACAGAAUAUAGUAUAAUUAAAGAUAGAUUAAAAAGACUAUUAUAGUGCGGUAAGACUAUAAGACGGGGUCCCGGUGGUUCCGUAUCGUUGAAAUUUUGUAUGCCGGCGGUGUAUUAUCGACGAGGAAGCAUGUACGAGGGCGGCAUGGCUGGUGAACGACAGAUUUCCACGUUAAUCUCACAUAGAGAACGACCGCUAUGCUCGGAUCGGAGUUUGCGAGCGGUCGCCAGGGUCGGCCAGGCGGUAAAUUUGGCGGUCGAGAGAUUCGUGACCGUCGGCGAAACUAUCGCGGACGACAACCCGGAGAUCAAACAAGACAUGUACGAGGCGUGCAAGGAGGCGAGAGUUGCAGGGUCAGCAAUCGAGAAAUUAUGCGAAUGUGCCUUGGAAGACAGCUUGGCUGACCGAGGUUCCGUCGUAAGAGCUGCCAGAUGUCUCCUAGGCUCAGUGACGAAAGUCCUCCUCCUGGCAGACAUCGUCGUGGUUAAUCAAUUGCUUCACGCCAAGGAUAAGGUCGCCCGCAGUCUCGGGCGCCUCGAAAGUGUCUCGAAUUUCACGGAAUUCGUCAAGGCGUUCAGCCAAUUUGGAGGGGAGAUGGUCGAGUUGGCACAUUUAACGGGUGAUCGUCAGAAUGAUCUCAAAGAUGAGAGGCGACGCGCGCAGAUGGCAGCGGCACGACAAGUGUUAGAGAGAAGUACCAUGAUGCUGCUCACGUCCAGCAAGACAUGUCUAAGGCAUCCCGAAUGUCCAUCCGCUAAGGAGAACAGAGACACUGUUUUUUGCCAAAUGAGAAGAGCGAUGGAUCUGAUACAUUACGUUGUCAAGGACGGAGUAUUAGACUGUAGCGAAUCUCAGUCUUAUUCGAAUUCACAGAGUCCGCAGCAAGAAGACUGGGAUAGCAGUACCGUUUGCUCAGCUUUGAAACACUUCGAAAGGCUCGUCGAAACAACGAGGAUGACUCUGCUGGGACCGGGCUGUCGCGAAACACUUACGUCGGCGCUCGAAACGGUGGUCGAGAGGACGCAAGACUUCACCGACAGCGCUUAUACGAGUCACGAGCACAGGGAAAAUAUCCUUCUGCUUUGUGAUCGUGCAAAACUCGAACUUAAUACUCUCUUGCGGAUCGGCAAUAGUAUGAAUUACGAGGGCGGCGGGGGUUCACCGAGCUCGGAAAUGGAACAAGCGGUAAUGGGUGUGCUACGGGCGACCAGAGACCUUCGCCAGCAGCUCAGCGCGACGACGAUGGAGCAAGCCGGCGAUCUUGGCCAAGUGACAAAAGCCGGCCAGGAACUCGUGUCAACGAUCAGAAAUCUCGCGUUGGCCAAUGACAUCGAUCGUCUGCAAGAGAGCAGCGACAGGUUCCACGAGUAUAUCGAACACAUUCUCGAAGUAUGCAAACUUCUAAGACACGUUGCACUUUCGGAAUCGUUGCAAGUAUCGGCCAAGUUCACGGAGAUCAACUUAAGAAUAUAUGGUCCUCAGGUCGUAACGGCCGCGCACACGCUAGCUAGGCAUCCCACUAGUAAAAUAGCCAAGGAAAAUCUCGAAGUAUUUGCCGAUAUGUGGCAAUGGCUCAUGACUGAUGUGACGACAGUAGCAAAAGAUGUCUUGGAACUCAGUCAAAACCGGCCAGAGAAGCAGGUUUACAUGUCUUUGCCGCGGCCAGGGGUACCAGGUGGACCACACAAGAAAGAACUCUUGGAGAAUUUGGAUCGAGUGCCGACUUACGUUCAGCAACUCCAAUUCACCGUGAAGAAUCCUACCGUCGGCAAAGCCGCCACUUUUACGAAAGUCGACAAUGUCAUACAAGAAACGAAAAAUCUUAUGAAUGUAAUCUCGAAGGUGGUCACAACGUGUUUCGUCUGCGCCACAAAGCACAAUCUCGUCAUGCCGCAAUACAUGGAGCUCAGCCCAACGACGGUGCCCGGCCAGGCCGAAGAGGAUUGUUUGUAUCCGAUUAGUCCGCAAUUGUUGCCCUCCACAAGCCCUUACGUGCAACCCCAUCCACUCACGUCCGCGCAAUUUCACAGUAUCCUGAAACCACCACCCCCUAGCCUAUCCCUGCUACCUUUCAAUUAUAGCCCGAAUGUCGGGCUGUCCCGGAAUUCCGGCUCUUUCGUGCAUCCGUCCGUCCUACCGUACACGUCGCCCGGAACACAGCAGCCAUCCUACUGCCUGCAGAAUCUGCAGCUCCUCCAGCUGCAGCUGCACCAUGCACAACUGCAGCACUUAAGACACGCAACGCUACCGAGAUAA